AUGUCUUCAAGGUUUGAUAUUGAGUCAAAAAAGAGUUUCACAGAGAUGAAUGAGGAUGAAGAGUGUUCUGUUAGACAAGUUGAACUUACAGUAUCAAAAACUGAUGACCCUACAUUACCUGUUGUCACAUUUAGAAUGUGGGUUCUUGGGAUUCUUUCAUGUGUGGUACUGUCGUUUGUGAACCAAUUCUUUUGGUACAGAACACAGCCUUUGAGUGUCACUUCAAUUUCUGCUCAGAUUGCUGUUGUUCCACUCGGUCAUUUCAUGGCAAGAGUCUUGCCAACUUGUGUCUUCUUCAAAGAUACAUGGUUUGAAUUCUCAAUGAAUAGAGGUCCAUUCAAUAUCAAGGAGCAUGUUCUCAUAACUAUCUUUGCUAAUUCUGGUGCUGGAUCCGUUUAUGCUACUCAUAUUUUGAGUGCAGUGAAGCUCAUGUACAAAAGGAAACUCGGUUUCCUUCCAGCUUUACUACUCAUGCUCACCACUCAGAUGCUGGGAUUUGGUUGGGCAGGACUGUUUAGGAAAUUUCUUGUUGAGCCUGCGGAAAUGUGGUGGCCUACUAAUCUGGUACAGGUCUCUUUAUUCAGUGCUCUGCAUGAGAAAAGCAAAAGACCGAAAGGAGCCACAACCCGGACUCAGUUUUUCCUCCUUGUCAUGAUCUCUGGAAUGGCAUACUAUGUGUUACCAGGCUACAUGUUUUCAAUGUUGACAUCUUUUGCUUGGAUGUGUUGGCUUGCUCCCAAGUCUAUCCUUGUCCAACAACUUGCUUCUGGUAUGAAAGGUCUUGGGAUUGCUGCAUUUGGUUUUGAUUGGUCUACGAUUUCUUCUUACCUCGGCAGUCCACUAGCCAGCCCAUGGUUUGCUACCGCAAAUAUCGCUGUUGGAUUUCUUAUCAUUAUGUAUGUGAUGACACCAAUUUUUUACUGGUUCAAUGUCUACAACGCCAAGAAUUUUCCUAUAUUUUCAAAUAACCUUUUUAUGGGAAAUGGUUCGAUCUAUGACAUUUCGACCAUUGUCAAUUCUGAUUUCCAUCUUGAUCGGGAUGCUUAUGCAAAGAAUGGGCCUCUACAUAUCAGCACAUUCUUUGCAAUGACUUAUGGUCUUGGAUUCGCCACACUUUCUGCUACAAUUGUGCAUGUUCUUCUCUUCCAUGGAAGGGAAAUAUGGGCGCAGAGUAAAAGUGCUUUUGGAGCCGGUAGAAAAAUUGACAUACACUCAAGACUUAUGAGGAAGUACAAGUCAGUCCCCAUGUGGUGGUUUCACAUAAUUCUAGUGGUGAACAUAGCUCUUAUUAUUUCUAUUUGCGAGUACUACUACGAAUCACUUCAGUUGCCUUGGUGGGGCGUAUUGCUAGCUUGUGCUAUUUCCAUUUUAUUCACCCUUCCAAUCGGUAUAAUAACAGCCACUACAAAUCAGCAACCAGGCUUAAACAUUAUAACAGAAUACAUCAUUGGUUACAUGUAUCCAGAGCGCCCCGUGGCUAACAUGUGCUUUAAGGUGUAUGGCUACAUUAGCAUGUCUCAGGCACUCACAUUUUUGGCAGACUUUAAACUUGGUCAUUAUAUGAAGAUUCCACCAAGAACAAUGUUCAUGGCUCAGAUGGUAGGAACAUUCAUAUCAGUACUUGUAUACACAGUAACCGCUUGGUGGUUGAUGGGGACGAUCCCCGAGCUUUGUGAUACUUCCAAACUACCAUCUGAUAGCCCUUGGACUUGCCCAAUGGACAAUGCCUUCUAUGAUGCAUCCGUUAUAUGGGGACUUCUUGGACCACGCAGAAUCUUCGGAAACCUUGGCGAAUACAUCAAUGUGAAUUGGUUCUUCCUGGGUGGAGCCAUUGCACCUUUUCUAGUUUGGCUUGCUCACAAGGCAUUUCCGGGAGAAACAUGGAUUCAUCUAAUUCACAUGCCUGUCUUGUUGGGUUCAACAUCAAUGAUGCCUCCUGCAACUGCAGUCAACUUCACAAGUUGGAUUGCCGUCGGCUUUAUCUCAGGGUACAUUAUAUAUCGAUAUAAACAAGAUUGGUGGAAGCGCUACAAUUAUGUUUUGUCUGGUGGUCUUGAUGCUGGAACCGCCUUCAUGACAAUCUUACUGUUUCUUACUUUGGGUUCAAACAACAUUAACCUUAACUGGUGUGGAAAUGAUGUUGAAGGGUGUCCCUUGGCUGCUUGUCCUACUGCAAAAGGCAUUAAAGUUCAAGGUUGUCCUGUUCUUUGA